AUGGCAGGAGGAAGAGUCGUGAGGUCUCGUUACCUGAAAUACGAUAAGAAGGACCCCAAGAAGGACAUUUCAGGCGAUUCUUUUUCAACUUCUACUGUGAAACCAUCUUCUGCAACUAAAUCAAAACCGGCUUUUCCUCAGAGGUGUAAAACACCUGCUGGUGUUUCCUCUUGCUCAUUCAGACAGAGUGGUUUUGAGAAAGAUGACUUGCAGUCCACUUUGUUAGAUGGAGAUAAAGUUAGUCGACCAGACCUUGAUCUCUCAGCUAUUAAUGAUAAAACUGUCAGAAAAAAGACUCCCGAUUCAAACUCUGCUGGCAAAAGAGAAAAGACACAUCAAAAAAACCAAGACAAUGAUUCUCAGAUAAGAGAGCUGGAAUCUCUGACACUGCUUUUAACUUACCUGAGAAUAAAGGCAGGAAAAAAUCUUGCUGAACUGGAGGAGAAAGCAGAAAAAAACUUGCUAAUGUUAUGUGAAGAAAAGCAGAGACAGCAGGAGAAGCUCUGGGAGUUGAAGCGUGAAAUUAUGCUCAAAGAGAGAGAGCAGAAGCUUGAUGCUGCGUUAGACAAACAGAUAGAAAUACUUUCUCCCCUUGUUCCUGUUUGUGAACGGUUUAAAGAGCAAUAUAAACGCUUUGCACAUUCCCUGGAUGCCACAAGACAUGCAUUACCUAUCAAAAAUAUCCACAUAGAAGGAGAUAUGCUAACAUACCUUGAUGAACUGCAAAAGGAGUUAAGUAUCACCCAGGAACUUCUGCCAGAAGUUAUGCCAAGGCUCUCAGGAGAAAAUACAAAAACACUUGGUGUACUCAAAGAACUUAAAGAAGUGUCUCAGGAAAUGGAUAAAGAGCUUCGAAGGAGCUUCACCCAAGUGCAGAACCUGUCGUUUCAAGUUAGUAAAGAAGUUUCUCUGCAUAACCAGAGAGUGUGUGAAGAGAGACAUGGACUAGAUGAAGUGAAACGCUGGUACUUUGACUAA